CGAUCUUGUUUUUUGUUUUGUAAUCCUUUGGUUGAAUUAUUUAUUUUAAUUUGGCAACACUGUAGCUAGUCAAUGGUGAAAUGUCGGAUUCAUCUUGUAAUCUUGUGUUGUCAAUGCAUUUUCAAUUUUAUAAAUAGUUGCAAUAAUAAAUUAGUGACUUUUCUUUGUGGUUCUUUGAAAAUAAAUAAAAUUCAAUUAAUCUUAAACGUCAUGGAACAACAUUUUUAAGAGUGAAGGAGUAUAUUGUUGCAAAUAUACAUUUUUAUUGUGUAAUGAUUCCCUACGUCAGCGCUUGGUCUUUUAUUUGAUUAUUGAUGAUGGAUCAAGCACAGGGUGGUAGUGUGGCAAGCUCUGGUUUUCACCAGCUUAGCAUAACUGUUGAAUGUGCACAUUUAAGAUCCAGUACCUUACUCAAACCCACACCUUAUGUAGAAAUCAUAGUCGAUGACAAGACCCCACAAAAGACGGAAACCGUAAAAACUAGCUCCCAACCGAAAUGGAAUGAAACAUUCACCUGUUUGGUCACUCAGCAUUCCAAAAUUCUCUUCUCUGUAAAGGAUCACAACAAUUUUAGAAAAGAUACGGUCAUAGGUGAAAAAAAAGUCGAUCUGUUUUUGUUGUUGUUCCAUUUUAAUGGCAGAUGCGACAAUUUAGACCUUACUAUGGAUCUUAUGAGCGACGCAAAACAGACGGAUUCUCCUUCAAAGGUUGGCGAGCUGAUCUGUUGUCUUAAGGGCUUGGUGAUCGACAUGUCUAAUACACGAUCGAAUGAAUCUCUACCAUUAGGACCUAGCAAUACAGAUGGUAUGUCUAACAGGAACGUUUUGAACGGCAUCAGAGCCAAACUUAGAGGUCAAGGAUCGGAAAAUGUCAUGCCAAAUCCAUCGUCUACAUCGACAUCUUCGACCUCGUCCUCGAGAAGUAAUUCUGAACGGGCGGAACAUAGAAGGACUCAUGUGAAUUCUGCCGGAAGCGCACCUAUCUCAAUAUCGCCUAGCAAUAAUAGCAUUCCAAACGGAUGCAUCGGCCCCCCAGUAACUGUGCCAAACGGCAAUGUAGUACAUAAUGAAACUGAAGAAACUAGAACAGAUGGUGAACCACUGCCUCCUGGUUGGGAAAUGAGGUUUGAUACAUAUGGCCGUAGAUAUUAUGUUGAUCAUAAUACUAGGUCAACAUCUUGGGAAAGACCUCAACCAUUGCCGCCCGGAUGGGAAAUGAGACGUGACCCAAGAGGUCGGGUAUAUUAUGUAGAUCACAAUACUAGGACGACAACUUGGCAAAGACCGAAUUCAGAAAGAUUACAACAUUAUCAGCAAUGGCAGGGUCAAAGGCAACACAUCGUAUCUCAAGGGAAUCAACGUUUCUUAUACCCUCAACACCAACCGGCUCCUGUACCUGGUCCUGGUCCUUCUGUUGUUGCUGAGGAAGAUGACGGUUUAGGAGUUCUUCCUUCAGGUUGGGAGAGGCGUGUUCAACCGGAAGGUCGAGUAUAUUUUGUCAAUCACAAAAAUCGGACCACGCAAUGGGAAGAUCCGCGAACUCAAGGCCAGGAAAUUAGUGACGUCGAAGAAAUACCGUUACCGCCCGGUUGGGAAAUUAGAUUUACCGAAGAUAAUAAAAGGUAUUUUGUUGAUCACAAUACGAAAACGACGACGUUCGAUGACCCCCGUCCCGGAGCACCCAAAGGUCCGAAAGGAGUUUACGGCGUACCUAGGGCGUACGAAAGGUCAUUUAAAUGGAAAAUCAGUCAAUUUAGGUUUCUGUGUCAAAGUAAUGCUCUGCCAAGUCACAUAAAAAUCCAAGUGACGCGACAGACGCUUUUUGAAGAUUCAUUCCACACUAUCAUGCGAUUGCCUGCUUACGAGUUACGUAGGCGACUAUAUAUCAUAUUUAAAGGUGAAGAAGGAUUAGAUUAUGGCGGCGUCAGUAGGGAAUGGUUCUUCCUAGUUUCGCACGAAGCGCUCAAUCCGAUGUAUUGUUUAUUUGAAUACGCGAAUAAGAAUAAUUACAGUUUGCAAAUCAAUCCCGCUUCGUAUGUGAAUCCGGAACAUUUGACCUACUUCAAGUUUAUAGGAAGGUUCAUAGCGAUGGCCCUGUACCACGGCAGAUUUAUCUAUUCCGGUUUCACGAUGCCAUUCUACAAACGCAUGUUGGGCAAAAAACUGAUAAUGAAAGAUAUUGAAAGUAUCGAUCCAGAAUUUUACAAUUCACUAGUUUGGAUCAAGGAAAAUAGUAUCGACGAUUGCGGAUUGGAAUUGUAUCAUAGCGUAGAUUUUGAAGUUUUGGGCCAAAUAGUACAUCACGAAUUGAAAAAGAAUGGCGACAAGGAAAGAGUGACUGAAGAAAACAAGGAAGAAUAUCUUACUUUAAUGACUGAUUGGAGGAUGACGAGAGGCAUCGAACAGCAAACACAGGCGUUCCUCGACGGUUUCAAUGAAGUCGUACCCAUUGAGUGGCUCAAAUACUUUGACGAAAGAGAGUUGGAAUUGUUAUUAUGUGGAAUGCAGGAAAUCGACGUCGAAGAUUGGCAAAGGCAUACGAUUUAUAGGCAUUAUACGAGAAACAGUAAACCGGUUGCUUGGUUUUGGCAGUUCGUAAAGCAAUCUGACAACGAAAAGCGCGCCCGCCUUCUGCAAUUCGUCACCGGCACUUGCCGCGUACCAGUCGGCGGCUUCGCCGAACUCAUGGGUUCCAACGGACCGCAACGCUUCUGCAUCGAAAAGGUAGGCAAGGAAUCGUGGCUGCCGCGCUCGCACACCUGCUUCAAUCGACUGGACCUGCCGCCGUACAAGAGUUACGAGCAACUCGUCGAGAAACUCACGUACGCCAUCGAGGAGACCGACACCUUCGGCCAGGAAUGAUCACCUUUAACUUGUAAUUUAUAUAUGUACCUGAAUUCCGACAUAUAAGUCUCAUUUUGAUCUAAACGUUUGUGUUUUGGUGACGUUUGAGUUUAAUCUUCGACGUUUCGUCGGUUGGUUUUUUGUUUGUUGCGCUACAGGGUUCAUACAGAGACGAAGACUGGAAAUUACGACAUUUUGUGUUUUUUUUGAUUUGGUUCAAGUUUGGAGAAUCAAUUGCUCGUAAUAGGUAAAAAAAGGUUGAUCAUAUCUUUAAUCGUUGAUGAAAUAUAUAUUGGUAAGCUCAGGGUGUUCAACAUGUAUGAAAGCAGUAAGCGAAAUUGUAGAGUUAGAUUUGU